AUGGGAUGGUUGACAAGCAGUUCAAGGGAUUCCCUCACUGACACGAUGACGAACGUACAUAUCCCCAAUCCCUCAUCUAUACCUCAAUCCCCUGUUGCUCCUUCCUCCUCGCCUUCUUCCUGUAGAAUCGCGACACCAUCCUCUACCGCAAUCAACAAACCCAAGUUACUCAUCACCAUGGGGUCUUGUUUUUGGCGAAACGAAACUGGGCUCCUCCGGUGCACAUGCACCUCGGGGUCCUUCAUUUCUCACUUCGACGAGUUGACGGAUCAGACAGCAUGUGAUAAAUGCUCGCAUCCUAUGUCCCUUCACCUUGGCUACCCCACCCUCAAUCCUCCUAGUUCCAGCUUUCCACCAGCCCAGAUCUUUCAACCUAUAGGCAUUGGAUCUCACGUUGUUUCCCGAAAUAAGUUGGUCGACGAACUCAUUGCUCGAGUGAAAAGCUUCCACAUUAUCCGAGUUAACGGGACCCCUGCUUCAGGUAAAACGACUAUCAUGAAUCUGAUGGUUAAUAAAUUGUUCGAAUGUGACCCGGCGACUCCCAUAUACGUCCUGUCCGGUUGGAAGAUGGAAUCGGUUUGUAGUGCAAAUGGCUGGGCUGCGUAUCUCGAGAAACAAACUGGUAUUCAUGGCCGCUGUUGGCUGACACAUAGGGGGUAUCUCUUUCUCGACGAGGCCCAACAAUCUUUUUGGGACGACGAGUUAUGGGCCGACCUGUUCAAAGCCGUCGAACCAGCGUCCCAGGUGUACAUCGUUCUCUUCAUGUCUUACGGCUCUCCGACCAGGGGGUUUACCGGCUUCGAACAGGAGAAAUAUGUGAAGACGCCUAUGGUUUUCGGCGCUGAACAGCAGAUAUCGCUCAGACCAGAUGAGAAUGUGACGUGGCCUUGGAGACCUGUUGGUCUGCUGCUCGAUGCAGAUGAGGCUAAUGAGGUCGUAGAACGAUAUGCACAAACUAUCAUACCAAACUGUAGACCUAUUCUGACGCAAGACUUGAAGCAAGAAUUCUUCCGGAGCAGCAACGGACAUGUAGGGUUGAUUACAUCUCUCACGCAUGUUCUGAAUGGCGUACCCACGCUUCUGGCAUUGUGCGGAGUUGUCAACCUAUUGAUUGGUCAACAACAAGUAAGGCUCUCUUCAGCGAUCCCAUAA